CCCUGAUUAAUUCCAUCAACUCACACAAUGCCUACGAAUGACCACACUUCAGCUUCUGCCGGUGUGAACGAGGCACUGUUCCCGUUUUCGACUCGCCAGCGGUGUAAAGCGACUUAAAGGCACAGAUUUCACACAGAACGUCUUUCAGUUUUACCGAAGAACAACUAAACAGCCACUGAGGCGACCCGAGGGAAGUUAGCCGCUUGCUAACUAGCGCCAUUCAUGGCCCCUCUCCAGCAGCUUUUUUUCCGAAGAGCUUUCCCUUUAAGAGGGAGGUGAAUGGCAGGAGACGGAGAAUGUGGGGAAACAAAACGGCAGAAAGUGACUCCCGUGUGUUUAGGGAGACCGGACAGCGCUCGGAGAGGACUGUGUGUUUGUCUUCGAGUGGGUCUGUACCGUGUUAUCGUCGCCGAUUUGGAUGUAUGUCACUUGCUUAAUAAACCGUCGUCUCUGCUUUGGCGGGAAGAGCCGCUGCCGUCUCCCUGACAACGAGGAGGAUUCUGAAGUUUUGGGCUUCACGGCUUUUUUUUUUUAACUGCUGUGAAUGUGUGAGCCCAGCCCUCCUGCGCUGCCUCCCCAUGCAAACGGUAAUGUGACCAUGGUAGGCGUCGGUGUCAAGCUGGAGGAGGAGGAGUCAGGAGACGGAGGCGGAGUCAGAGAGCGCGAGUCACAGCAGUCUUCACCGUCGUGUGACUGGUCAGCACGGCAGCAAGGGGAUGGUGAGAAGAUGACGCCCCUCAGCUCUCAGUCCCCUUUGGCAAGUUCUCCCAGUAAAGAGCGGCCACGCACACUCAGUCCUUCCAGCCAAGACGGAGCAAACAGGGCCCAGGACAGGCCUGAAGCCCAGCCCAAUGUUAGCGAGGUGCUGCCCACCAUCGAGAAACUCCUGAAUGCAGACUGGAGAGAGAAGAUUUUGGGGAAGGGAUUCCAAGGCACUGCCCAUGUGAAAGGCACUCCAGAAAGCCUGGCUGAGAAGGAGCUGCAGCUGUUGCUGAUGAUUAACCAGUUGUCCGGGCUGAGGGAGCAGUUGCUGGGAGCGCAUUCGGAGCAGAGGAACAUGGCCGCCCUGCUGCUGGAGAAACAGCAGCAGCAGAUGGAGCUGGCACGGCAACAGCAGGAGCAGAUUGCCAAGCAGCAGCAGCAACUAAUACAGCAGCAGCACAAGAUCAACCUCCUACAGCAGCAGAUCCAGCAGGUGAAUUUGCCCUAUGUGAUGAUUCCUGCCUUCCACCCCAACACACAGCCACUGCCCGUAUCCUCGGAUGCACAGAUGGGACUGCCCCUUCAGCCCAUCCCCUGCAAGCCAGUGGAAUAUCCCAUGCAGCUACUCCCAAAUCCUCACUCCACCCCUGUCAAAAGAUCCAGCAGUACAGUCUUUCGACAGGAGAGCAGUCAGCCCCUGAACCUCACAGCCAAACCCAAGACCCCCAGCCCACAGACUCUGGAACUGACCUCUGCCCACUUGCAGUCUAGCUAUAGACCCAGAGAGCUGCCACACAGCCCCCCCAGAACUGCACUGAGCCUGGGCUUCUUGGGUGAGGGGGACGUUGUGACUCAAGCCAUCCAUGAUGCCCAGCAGCUGUUGCGCGGAGGCCAGGGUCCAGCGGGCCGAGAGAGGGACAGCAGCACAAGGCUGGUGAGUCAGCAUCUUAAAGUGAGUGAUUAUAAGGAGGUCUCUCGAGCUGACCGGCUGCCCCAUGUGGACCGCGGUGAUGAUGGACAGUCCAUGCGAACGAACGAGGAGCACCUCAGCAGUGAUUCUGAGGGCCAGAUCACUGUUCCUGGAAUGGGCUACGGCGAGAGCCGAACCACCUCUUCUGGCCACAUCAAGAGGCCCAUGAACGCCUUCAUGGUGUGGGCCAAAGAUGAGCGCCGCCGUAUCCUACAGGCCUUUCCAGACAUGCACAACUCAAGCAUCAGCAAGAUCCUGGGCUCACGCUGGAAGUCCAUGUCCAACCAGGAGAAGCAGCCCUACUAUGAAGAACAGGCCAGGCUGAGCCGACAGCACCUGGAGCGCUACCCAGACUAUAAAUACAAACCGCGGCCCAAGCGCACCUGCAUCGUAGAGGGCAGGCGGCUGCGCGUGGGCGAGUAUAAGGCCAUGAUGAAGAGCAGGAGGCAGGAGCAACGCACCUCAUACCCACCCAGCCAAUCAGAGCAGCAGCUGCACUACCCCUCAGCUGAAGGUCAGUACCCCAGCACCCCGGUCUCCAUGGCGCUGCCCCUGCACCCUGCGCUCCUGGAGCACUACCUGCCCCGCCCCCUGGAGCCCCCGCAAGGCCGAGGCCGCGAAGAGCCAGAAGCCAGAGUCAAACAGCCCUACAGUGAGGGAGAGGAGAGCGACGGCGGAGAGCGGAGUGAGGGGGAGCUGGUGGUCCUCACCGAUUGAGCAAGAGACAGAAAGAGAGAACUCGAAAGGGAACAGACUUUCUGUACAUGCUGUGAGGAAAUGUUUGGGUUUGUGGGGAAAAAAGGUGCUUUGAAGUGGUUACAUUUGAGGGUCAGUUCACAGAGGAGUGAAGCUUUGCUUUACAUAGACUAAGUUACUUACUUCAGCAGUGAUGACUUAGAUGUUCAGGGAGAUCAUAGUUAGUCCAGAAGCCUGACCAAAGCCUGCUCAGUCGAGGUUUGGUUUUAUUGCGUUUAUAAUCCAGAUGCUUCUGUUAAGUACGGCAAACGCUUGGGAACUUUUUGAGACGUUCGUUUAAAAGGUAAUUCCGCCAAUUUUUAUUUUCAAAAUUCAUGAAAAAUUUAGUAGAUAAGAUGUAAACAGGGUCAUUCAGAGUGGUUUGGUGUGAAAUGUUGCACUGUAAAGAGAUUCACUGACUCUUUACAUGGUGGUGAAAGGAGCCAGUGGUCUAAAAAUGCCUAAAAGCAGUGAACUAGAAAAAUACGUAUUGCCUUAUAAUGUCCUGCCUGUACCUCUCCGUCAUUCAUGGAUGUUAAAAACACAUCAAACAUU